UUGAUUCAGCAAAAACAACUGUUACCUCACAACCUCGGGGAGACCGGUGGGACUCCUGCACCAAGAAUGUUUUCCAGUUCCUUUUUUAAUGCCUUUGCUUAUAUGAUUCAGCUUUCAAAAUGAUUAGAAAACUUUUUAUUGUCUUGCUUUUGUCAUUGGUGACUCUGGGAGAAGCAAGGAAAUCAUUUCUCAGUUUUCUGAAUAUAGAAAACACUGAAAUACUAUUUUUCACAAAGACCGAAGAAACUGUCGUCGUAAGAUCGAGUUACAGAGAUAAACGGCCAAACUCCAGCUACCUCUUUGUGCGGUUAGAAGAGCCUCACAUGCUGCAGGUGGUAAACGUGACCAAGACCUUAUCAGAUGUGACAAACUUUAUCAUACACCUAGUGACACAUGAAGAAGGAGAGACAAACCUGACCGUUCAGCUGUGGGCCUCUGAAGAUUUUGGCAUUGCCUGAGGCCCAGGCUUUUGGAUUUGUGAUGACCUGCACAUGCCCCGGAGGGAGUGGAGGC